ACUUACAUCUGCCAUUCAGCGCGCGAUCCGAUGCGCGGAAUGAAUAAUGUUUUGGGUUUUCGACAUUCCUUGGUUUUACUUCUUCAAAUCUUAGCGGAUUUUAUUGGAUUUAAAUGACAUCAUCGGGAGGACUUAGCUGGGAGGUUCUUCUUUUGGACAAUCUACCUGUGGCGAUUUAUGACAUUAUUGCAUGACAUGAGCAGUCAAACAAGGUUGGCAAUGAAUCAUGGAUCUUUAAAGCUGCAGCCAUUUAUGGUUAAUGGAACAAUCAAUUUAACACAGGAUUUUAGUUUGGUUAAAACAGGCGAUGAGUCUAACUUUUAUUUAUCACCAUUACCUGCACCCUUGGCUAAUGAAACUACAACUAGCAACAAUGCUAUCCCAGGGAUGCAGGAGAUUUUUGACAAGUUGUCAUCACGUCCCCAUCCUUCUCCCAUUUUGGCCGCCACACUUACAAAAUUUGGGAAUCAUGUCGACCCAUGUCAGGAGUCAGUUUCCAACAAGGAUGUUUUCAGUUCAAGUGCCCCACCUAGUCACAGUGGUUCAGAUUCAUCAAAGAAACUGCAAUUCUAUCUAAAAUCAUCACAGAUUGAAACCUCAUUGUCUUCUUCAAUUAUUGAUUUAAGUGAUUUUCCAUCUAGUCCCAUAUCCGGUGCAUUCGCCGACUUUCAGUCACUGAGAUAUAUUCCUUUAAACUUGGACUGUUCAUCUUCAGCAAACAUUUCAUUGUCAACAGCUAAUUCAGUACUUGAUCAGUGUGUAGAUGAUAGUGAUUGUUUACCGGUCUACAGUAACUGUCCUCCUAAUCUUGAUGAAGAGGAAACUGAUCUGGUCCCAAGUGAACUUGUUCAAUUUGUUAGUGAAUCUACUCGCCAAAUACCGAGUGAUUUAACAGAUGUUGUUUCUGCAGGAGAUUCGGAUAUUGAAGAUUUAGACCAUGAAGCCCGUCUAGCCUCUUUGUGUAUACCUAUUCUUCGUUCGCCUUCACUAGGGCAUUCUAAUUUACUAGACAAUGCACAACCACCAACACUAUCACCAGAAUCUUCAGGUUGUCCACAUUCACCUUUUGAUCACAUAGAUAUUUCAUCAGAUCCAAGUUAUGAGAAAUCAUAUUUUAGCCAAACUCCUGAAGGCACAGUGGAAGAUGUAAAUAAACAACACGUUCUUUCUCCAAAAAUGAGUGUUAUGAUCAAUGGUGCAUUGUCUGAUGAGCUUAUAUCUCGCAAUGAUACCAAUAAUCAUGAUCCAUUACUGUCAACAACACACAUCAACUCUUCAAAUUUCAUUUCUGAUAGCAUUUCCUAUACAUACCAGUCGGAUAAUCGAACUACAGUGGAAAAUUGUUCUAAUUCUGUGAUGCAUUCUUCUACCUCUGGAUUUUCUGAAAAUAAAAUAUUGCCACCGACCACAGUAUGUAGUCCUCACAAAAUCCCUUCAUUGUCAUCAACAGCCCUACCAACAAGCUCUGUCUGUGUAAAUCAGAUAGGAUCGUUUACUCUGCCGUCUAUUCAGAAUCAUUUCAUAUUAAAAGAUGUGGUGAAUUGUCCUAAUCUGAGCGUCAGAAACGCUUCUAAUUUCCAAUGUAUUGUUACAAAGUCAAUGCCGGAUUCUUCUGCAGCGACAUCUGAUGGGACAUAUAACAAUAUAGCUAAAAUUCCUGCCCUUGUGAAUUUAGUAUGUUCGAAUAAUGACGGAGGAAAACAAUUAAUAUUUCCAUCGAAAUCUGAUCGAACAGAAAGCCUUGAUUUCAGCGUUGUGCAGAAUUACAAUCGAGAAACAACACAAUACUCUGAACAAAUAGUAAAAACAACACUCCCUCAAUCAAAUAUUCGUGAUUCAUCCGUCAUUCCAAAUCUUAGUUUUACUACUAUAAUUGGGUCUAACUCUCAAAACACAUCAUUAACAGCUACACCAUCUCGAAGUAUUUCAUCCAUGUCUACAUUUGAUCAAAACCUUUCAUCUAAUAUUGAACAAGAGUCAAUUAGUGAACCCAACAAAGGCGUGAAACAGUUAAUUGUUUCAUCUGAAAUAAGAUCUCUGAUCACGACCUCCAAUGACCAUCCUUUUGCGUCUACUGUUUCUUGUCCUACAGGUAAUACUAGUUAUAUUGAAGUUGGCACUCCAUAUCGUUCCAAAGAAGGAAGUUGUGUUGCUCAGAGUCCGUUAAUAUUAUCGACUCCAACUUUUCAGAUUGCACCGCAUCCUGUUAGCACACAAUCUACAUUUGUUGUCUCUCAUGCAGUUACUCCUGGUGUUGUCUCCCAUGCAGAACUCCAGCCAACUACUCCAAUUGUUUUAUCUCUUAAAAGUAGAACAUCUGUUGAAGUUCCACAGCCACAGGUGACUAACUUAACUAGCAAUUCUGGUUGUGUCCUUUUACCGUUACAAAUCUUAAACUCCUUGCCAACUGUAAACCCUGGAAUGUCUAUAUUACUCAAUAUUAAGAAUGGAAAUCCUGUCCGACAGAAUCCCACACCUUGUCUUCCAAAUUUCGCCUCGAUGAAUACUUUAUCAGAUAAGAGUUGUACUAUUACACCACCGGAAACAAAUGGGACAGUUUUUCUUCUCCCAACAUCUAAUAUUCUUACAAAUCUUAAUGGAAAUGUUUCUAAUCUCCCGAUUUUACAACUACCCUCUCAACAGUAUGUUAAUUUUCUCCCGUCUACAUUCACUACUGCUCCACUAUUAUCCAAUUCAAGUAUAUCAUCAUCUCCUUUACAAAAUUCACCUACAUUAGUAAAUAGUUUUAAUACAUCUCAAGUGGAUAUUAAACAAUCAACCCCUGGACAGUUACCGUCUGGAACACAAUUUUUUAUCCUUCGCUCAGCCUCUAAAUCAAAUAUUAUUAAUCCCGCAUAUUUUACUCCUACUCCUACUUCAUCAUCAUCAUCAUCAUCGUCGUUGUUGUCGUCUUCUUCUUCCCCUGCAUCAUCGACAUCAUCAUCGAUUAUAAAUACAGUAAAUGGAGCAGCAGCAUUUACUCCUUUAUCUGCUUCAUCCACUGGUGGUUUAACUGUAAUAUUAUCUAAUCCUUCUAGUCAUAAAAAUCCUUCAGAAUCAGGGAAUUUAGUUUUUCUUCCAACAGCUUCUUCUACCAGAUCAAAUAUUUUUCCACUGUGUACAAAUAAUCCUUUAACAUCGAAUAAUUUUUCAACAACAACUUCUUCUGGUUUUAUAACAGCAGCAGCAGCAGCAGCCGAAGGAGUACCAGCACCAUCCACAGCAGCAGCAAAAACAACAACCUUAUCAUGGACUCCUGUAUCGAAUUUCACUAAUCAUGAUGAUAGUAGUAAUAGGCUAAUAGUUAAUAAUUCUACUACUGGAAUUACUUCAUCUAAUAAUACUAAAACAAGUUUAUCAACUUUAAAUUAUCGAUCAUCAGUAGAUACUUUAAAUGAUACAUCCUUUUCGCUACCGUUAACUUUAUUACCUAAUAUUCCACAACAGACUAUGAUUUUGUCAUCUUCAUCGUGGAAUACACAUUCACCAAAUAAUAAUAAUAAUAAUGUAUUUACAACAUCACAAAGUUUCAAUACGCAUGCAUUUCUAUCUCCUGCAACAACAUUAUCAUCCUCAUCGAUGUCUUCCUCUUCGUGUAUGUCAUUUGAUAAUAAUUCUUUACCUUCACCGCCUAUUUCCUAUUCAAGCGUUAGUGUAGAUACGUCGUCAAAAUCGAAUCAGUCAGUAAAUUCUAGUCCAACUGGUGUUAAUCAUUGUUUACUUCCCCCAGUCUCUGCAUUAUCAUCGCCUAUUAAUCCUAAUAACAAUAACAACAACAGCAACAAGGAUUGUGUAAACAGUAAAGUUGGCAUUUCCACUUUAACAUCAUCAAACAAUCAACUGAAUGAUAUAAAAACAAAUGUUAUCGUGUUACCUUCUGCGGAUAAAUUACUUUCUUCGCGUAAUUAUUCACAAAUCUCUAGUGUUACAGCACAAACAAAUAAUAAUAGUAAUAAUAGUAGUAGUAAUAACAAGCUACAAGAGUCGAAAUGUCGACGUAUAUCUUCUUAUUCUUCGCCUAAUACACCUUCCAUUCCAUCUACGACAGUAACUGGUUCUACUACUACUACUACUACUACAGUAGCAUUAAUGCAAACUGUUGUAACAUCGUCUAAAACUGUAGUCACCUAUUGUUCACGACGCCGACAUCAAUGUCCUUAUUGUCCAAAAUCUUGUGAAAGAAAAGAUAAUCUCCAGGCUCAUAUACGUACACAUACUGGUGAACGACCAUAUCCAUGUCGUUAUUGUCCGAAAGCAUUUCCACAAAAAGAUCAUUUACGAGCUCAUAUUCGUACGCAUACAGGUGAAAAACCCUACAGGUGUCCACAGUGUUUGAAAGCAUUUGCUCAACUGGGUAAUCUUCAUCGUCAUGUUAAAACUCAUCGUCGAUAAAAAAAUUUUCUAUUCAGUUGAAAAAUGGAUUUAUUUUCAAUGUGAUGUUCAUUACUUUGUGUUUUCUAUUCAAAUCAACCGAUCAAUCAAUAAAUCAAUCAAUCAACAAUCAAAGCGAAAUGGCGUGUCAAAUCAGUUUAUUAUUUAUGUAUAAUAUUAUCAUAUUAACAGCCCCAAGUGUGAAUGCAUUUAAUUUUCUUUUGUUUUUGCUUGUUUUUUAAGAAAAAACUUUAUUUUGCUCCUCUAACAUCAAAUGCUUAAUUGUAAUUAUACAUAUAAUUAUCGUAAUUAACAAUAAUAAUACUAAUAUUCACUUCCUUUCAUUUAUUUAUUGAUUUAUUUAUUCAUUGAAUUACUUUGUAAUUGUUUAUUUUCUAUCUUUUACCAUUACUCCUCCUCCUCCUUUUCCUUCUCAAACUACUGCUCCGUUUUUUUGAAAAAAUGUUUUUUUCUAUUAUCAUUGAGUUAGUUGAUUUAGUCAGUUAGUUAGUUUAGUUAACCGUCGUCGUCCCCUUGUUUCCUACCAUUCGGUGGAAGAAUAUACGAGGCGUGAACUGCCUUCUUCUUCAUCACCAUCAUCAUCGUCUUCUCCUGAUUGUUUACUUUUUAUACUAUUAUAUCACACUAUUAUUAAUACUGGUACUACUACUAAUAUCACUACUAAUAUUAUUAUUUAUUUGUUCCGUUUUAUUUUUUGCCAAAGAGAGAUAGAUACAAAGCCACCAGUCCAUCCACAACUGUUUUUUUCUUUUCAUCUGUGUGUGUGUGUGCGUGCGUAUGUGAUUUUCUGAGAUCUUAUUACCCAAUCAUCAAUAUACGUGUGCCCAAUAUAUGUGCUCAACGAAUUUUACUUCUACACUUUUCUUUCUUGUGUUUCUUUACUCUUCCGUGUGUCUCCACCUUUCUCCCCCCACCCCGCCCUUUUGUUUUUCUUUUGGUGUGAAGUGUAUUCAUAUAUUUAAUUUAUACUACUAAUCAUUGAAUUCUCACCAUUUUAUAUCUUAUCGUCGAAGAAGCGCGUGUAUCAUCAUCAUCUCUAGGCUACAUUGGUGACACUCAGUCUCUCUCUCUCCGUGUCUCUUCGGCUUCUGUCUUUAUCUGUUUGCUUUGUGGAAAUGUGUAUAUGAUGUGAUGUGAUGUGACGAGAUUGGUUGGCUGACUGACUAACUAACCUGGUUGCAUGGUAUUAUUUUAUACAUUAAUUUAAUUCUUACAGCUUUAUUUAUAUAUUUAUAUUUAUUUAUAUUUGAGUAUUUACAUUUUUCACUUGUAUUUGCUUGUUUUUUUGGUGUGUUCUGUUUGUGUGUGUGUCAGGGUAAUGUGUCAUUAAUAGUUACAUGGUAGUAUAUUUACUCUUUUCAUAGAUGAUGAUGAUGGUUGGCUGUGAUGCAUACAAUAUAUAUAUAUAUAUAUAUAUAUAAUUCAUGAAUAUGAGUAUUUAUUAUGACUGAUGUAACUUCUGACUAUGUCUGACUGGCAUUCUCACUUAGUACUCUUUUGAAUCUGAAGAAACAACUCUGCAUAUACAUUCUUUCUAGUCAGCUUUUACCUCAGUCUUAUUUGCCUGCACAAUGCAUGACUGAUUAAAAGCCCUAACGAAAUGUGUAAUAUCUCCAAAUACAUGUAUAUCUUCUUCAUUCAUAGAUCUCAUAUUAUAUAUAUAUAUUAUUGUAAAAUCUCUCUCUCUCUCUCUCUCUCUCUCUAU